UUUCAACCAUAAUUUACGAAAUCUUCUGGAUUUUUUCCCGGGAGGAAAUCGGGAUGCGAUUUGGCCGGAUUUGAGCGGAUAAUUCAGUCGCGUUAAUUUCAGCCUGGGCUAUUGCGUUAACAGUUGAACAAGCCAUUAAAUUGACUCGCGAUGGCCGCGAUCGCCAGUUCUCUGAUCCGACAAAAGCGCCAAGCUCGGGAAUCCAACAGCGACCGGGUCUCUACCUCCAAACGCCGCCCCAGUCCCAGCAAAGACCCCCGCUCUCUAUGCGAGAGACAUUUCCUGGGGGUCUUCAGUAAAGUCCGCUUCUGCAGCGGCAAGAAAAGACCUGUUCGCCGGCGACCAGAUGCGCCCUCGAACCCUCCACAGGUGUCCCGUAAGGGCGUCAGGCUAGAGCCGCAGCUGAAAGGCAUUGUGACACGACUGUUCAGCCAGCAGGGUUUUUACCUGCAGAUGAAGCCAGACAGAACCAUUGAUGGCACCAAGGAUGAGAACUGCGACUUCACUCUUUUCAACCUCAUCCCUGUUGGGUUAAGGGUGGUGGCCAUUCAAGGAGUCAAAGCAGGUUUCUACAUCGGCAUGAACGGCGAGGGCUUCCUCUACUGCUCAGAGACGUUCACACCUGAGUGCAAAUUCAAGGAGUCCGUGUUUGAGAACUACUACGUUAUUUACUCAUCCACCAUGUACCGUCAGCAGGAGUCCGGUCGAGCCUGGUUCCUGGGCCUCACCAAGGAGGGACAUGUCAUGAAGGGGAAUCGAGUAAAGAAAACCAAGCCCUCCUCACACUUUGUACCAAGACCCAUUGAAGUUUGCAUGUACAGAGAGCCUUCACUGCAUGAGAUAGAAGAGAAGCAACGUUCCAGGAAAAGCUCAGGAACUCCAACAAUGAACGGAGGCAAAGUGGUCAAAAAGGACUCCACAUAGCAGGACUCAAACACUGUGGCAAAGUAGCCACAUCCCCUUGCGCCUCCAAGUACUACACGCUAAAACAAGAUGACAAACUUAACUCUUGCCUGUGAAAACUUUUAGAACACAGAAGGGGUAAAAAAGACAAAAAAAUGUUACAGUUCCAAUCAGGACAUGAACUCCCAUUUUAUGCAAAAAACAAAACAGAAAAAGGGUCAAUGGGCAGUCAUUUGAUUCACAACAAUAGUAAUAUUAUUUGUUUGGGAUUUAUGCUGUGAUUAGCUUUAAAACAUUCUCAUAUGUGUUCAUUUCCAUGUGAAUGUCUCAUGCUUUACUCUCAUGAAAAAUGGGAAAUUCUUCUCUCUUGUUUCAAUGCCAUUACUAUUAUUUCUGUUUUUGGAUAUUAUGGAGAUCUUCCCAAGCAUUUUGGGUUUGUAUUUCCUGAGAAGUGAAUGCACUGUGGGACACCAGACUACUGGAUUUUCAAGAAAGUCAAUGUAUAAAUAUGUGCCGAGUUAUUUCAGAUGAUAAAGCUCACUUAAGGCAGCACAGAGGUAUAGAAAGCUUUUGGAGUGGUCUUGGAGCAUUAAGCUGCUUAUUCAUUUAUGGGAUUUAAUAUUCAUGCCACACUUUCUUUAAAAAUCUCGCCCGCCUUGACGCACAUAUGUCUGGCACAAGUACACUGUAUGUGUGUAUGUGUAUUGUACUAUUCAAUUACUCUACUGCAGCUUGGCUUCAGCUGGUGUGCAGUGCUGUUUAUUACGAUGGACAGCUUUAAAUAGUAUGUAGGAAAUUUCCUGUGAAUUAUUCACAAAUUCCCUUGCACCCAAGCAAUCCAAAAUGAAAUAUGAACAAACAACAAUAGCAGCAGCAGAAAAAAAAAUUUAAUAAAAUUUAAAGUUGUAAUAUUCAGCUCAAAAUCUAACAAGCAUUUUCAACUCAGGAAGACCUAGUCUUAGAUGUGUGACUUUCACACCAGCCCUGUCCAGACUAAAGCACAAAGAAGGCCAGUUGUGUUUCCCCCACAUGGGUUUCCAGGAAGCCGGCCUAAACAGGGCAGGUUGAUUGUCAAUAAUCAACCCAUAAGAGCAGUGGCAAAGUCUGUUUAGGAAAAAAGCUUUAUUCAGAAGUCUUCCAUUAACGAUGCCAUGAGAGCUGAGCCCAAGUCUUCAGCAAUGAGGUGCAAAGUAAAGAAAACUAAGAGACUUAAACGAAUACAGUACGUUUCUACUAAACUGAGAACUGGUAAGCUAGAUAGUACAGUACGUGUAUGUGAAGACCUUAGAAGAGUGUAAAAACAGGCAAGCAACAAGAAUGUCCAGAUCAAAUGGGUUUCCAGAAAAUGAAACACUGUAACGUGGGUGUUUCCUUUUGCUGUGUACAAUACGGAACUCUUUGUUUUUCAUGUUUGCAGAUGUUUUCACCUUAUUGAAAUGCUAUCAUAUAUGCAUUAUGAAUAAUGAGAUGUAUAAAAUAUGCAUUGAUA